UUAUGCUUCUUGAGAACUUUUUGAUGCAGGGACUACCUUAUACAUAACUGGGUUCUGCUAGUAGGCAUAGGCUUUGUUCCUUCUCUCUUUAUCCGUCAUGUCGCUACUCACCUUGAAGGCAUGGUCGUCGAUAGUGGCCCUGGUGGCAGCUGCUGGAUUCCAAGGCACAUGCGCAGAUUGUGGCCAAUAUAACGUGCCUCUCCUCCUUUGGUUGGGUACGUCGUUCCUUUGCUUCACCUUAAAGUUGCGAGUUCUGAUGGUAUGAUUGGGUGAUAUUAGAUGAACAACAGUCUUAGCCAGAACCCACGCUUAGUCACUGCCUACUUCGGGAGCCCCUACGCUGAUGGAAGCUAUGAAAUCGUUGCUAUCCCCGCAGGUACUCAAUAUUUAGGUCCCCCGCUCAAUGGAGCAAACCCUUGCCAAUGCAAUUCAGUAAUCUACUCACUGACGAGCGCGUGUGGUGUUUGCCAGGGCCUCACUCCUGUGACCUGGAGUUCCUGGAAAACCUAUUGCACAACGGCUUUUACACAAUUAUAUCCAACGACCAUUCCGACUGGCACUGCAGUUCCGAAUUGGGCUUACUUGGACGUCGUAACCGGUAAUAUUUUCAAUGUUACCGCAGCUCAGCUGGAUGGAGAUUUACCGGAGUCUAUUGCAACCUCGCCACCGACCACUAUUAGUAGCGCGAUCAUCGUGACAUUCACUAGCGUACACGCUUCGACUACAUCGCUAUCCACUAGCUUACCCACUUCGACCACGAGCACAGGAUCUUCAUCGCCUACUUCGAAGAGCUCAGAUGUCGGAGCUAUAGCUGGGGGUGUUGUCGGAGGAAUUGUCGGAGUUGGAGCCAUCGCAGGUCUUGCAGCAUGGUUCUUCAUUAAGCACCGUCACUCUCGCAGAGCACCCUUACCCACUUUCAGCCAACCCCAAAUGACGCAGCUUUCGCGUUUCUAUAUAUGUUUUCCACGACGUUUGUGACGCAUCAUACUCAUCAUCUUGCGCAGGAUCCCGCCGACCCGAGCACUUUCCCGCCGCCAUUGUCCUCUACCUUACAAACCACCACAUCGACCAUAAACCCAAACUU